AAAACAAUUUGACUUACACAAUGUCAAUGUUUUUAAACGGCGGCUAUUGUCGAACAAUUCCACUUAAAAUAUACAAACGCGAGCGUUCUGUUGACAUAAGUAAAUGUGCAAUAAUUGUGCAAAAUCAUGUUUAAAUUGUAAUCAAUACCUACCUGUGUCUAAUUAACUGUCAACAUGUCGUCUAAAUCGUGCGCGUCGACCGAAGAAAAGUUUCCGCUGCUGCUUCUGUUUCUGGAAGAUGGCCAACGUUCCGCGAAGCAGCACAAAAGAAUACUCUUCGACAAGGGACGGUACCAGGGAAUUGCUUCUGGUGCAAAUAAUAUCAUGACGCACUGGUCAGGGCAUGUAGCAUCAGGAUGGAUCACGGCAAUGCUAAUCGGAAUCGGUCUCUUCGCAAUAGCAAUUCUUAUGAUCACCUUCAGUAUCCACCCUGUUAUUGAAAAUUUGACAGCGAAAUGCGAAAGACAGUACCGAGAAAUUAAAAACGACUCAUCAAUAAUACAUCUUGUGCACGGGCCAAAUCGUUGGACGCCAGCGCAAUUAGAGGCUUUGGAUCAGAUCGCAAAAAAUUCCCAACAAUUUCAAAUUGAGCUGAUACUCAUUCGCCCUGAGAUUGACCCUCCUUCAAACAUAGUGAAAAGAGACGUAAUGAAGGCUCGCAACGUCACAUACCCAAAACACGAAUCGACGAGCUCGCCAAGAGCACUCGUAAAGAAAGUCAUUUCGUCAACGGCCCGCGAGGUCGUAAACCCCAAACUGAAGGUAUACGAGAAACCAAGAAAAGCUUUAGAACCCAGCUUUAAUAUGGCUAAGAAGAAUCUUCUGGCAAUGCUCGGAAUGAAAAAACGUUCCAAAAAAACUACUUCGAAACCUGUAGUACUACAGCGGAAAGCGCGCACUCUCGAAGACAUAAUCGACGCUUACCCAAACAUUCUAGUAAUUACCACAACAUUUGAAAAAGUUUUCAGCCACACACCCCUAUAUUUUACAUGGCAAAACACGAAUUUAGAAACACGACUGUUCGCAAUUAGGGUGUUGCAGUUGUGGAACUUCGCAGGAAUUUCCCUAACUUUACCCUCCGACCUUCACUCGCCUCCAAAGGCGGGUAAUACGGUUACAAUCACGAGGAAGGCACUCCUAGAAGAUUUACCGUCGGGCUUAGUUACGGUCGACGAUGAAGGUUCGCACAUGCAAACUAAAAGUACGUGUCACGCGUUUUUUGGGGAAUUACUGAUGGUGCUCGCCAAAGCAACGCCGGCGACCAAACCGGCCGAUGUGAUUCGAAAGACAUUGCACAAAUUUUGUUUGAAAGGGGCUGUAGAUGAGAGGUCCUGCAUCACCAUCCCGGGAAUAUUGGCUGCGCCAUACACGGCUCAGGUUGAGCGGAUCAGGCUAUUCCUUGUAUGUUAUUCGUCAAGACGUCGCUGAAUGCAUCCUCCACCUCGAUAUGUACGGUUGUACGAGUCUGUAACAUCUGAAUCCAAGUCCAGUCCAGAAUGCUCUUAAUAAACGGUAACGGAUACGCGUCCUUCACA